AAUUGGGCUGAUUAUAAUACUGAUAGAUAAUAGGACGGGCAGAGCAACACGCGAAACGUCGUCGAAUCGUUUACGCAGCACCGUACGCUUUCUCAAAUCUUGUUUCUGAUCGUUCCGUUUGCAGGAAGUCAGGUCAGCGAAAUGGAGACGACGAAAGAAGAAGAAGAAGAAGAAAGCAAACAAAGGAGCGGGAAAAAGACGAGAAGAUAUUGGAUAUGGAAAUGGAUAGCAUCGGCACUGAUAUUAAGGCUUAUUCUAAUUUACUUUUCUCAGAAUCUCAACUUAUCUUCUCGUCCCGAAGUCUCCACUCCUCUCACCAGCCUCCGUCGCCUGGCUGAAGGUUACUGGUUAAAGCAGUUGUCGAUUUCUCCUUAUGCAGGAUCUAUGUAUCAUGGUUCUCCAUUGUUACUCUCAGUACUCGGACCACUUUAUGUUAAAAGAAUAGAAGGGCAGCCUAAUCAUGUGUUGUGCAGUUUGCUUUUUGUCAUUGCAGAUUUUAUUAGUGCUAUGCUUAUUCGUGCUACUGGUCGGAAACUACAAAAGGCAUAUAGACAGAGCUUGGAAUCACUUGAUAUUGUUAAUAUACCAGAGACCUCAGAUAUGAUUCCUUCAGGAGAUAUUGCUGCUCUAGUUUACUUAUGGAAUCCAUUCACAAUAGUUGCAUGUGUGGGCUUGUCAACAUCGCCAAUUGAAAAUCUGUUUGUCAUAUUGACACUUUAUGGAGCCUGUAUACGACUAGUUCCUCUGGCGGCUUUUGGAUGGGUUAUGGCAACACAUUUAUCACUUUAUCCAACAAUUUUAAUUAUUCCAGUGAUUCUUUUGUUGGGAUGUGGUCCUGAUGCUCCUCCUCAAAAGCUGUUCCUGCAGAAGGAACAUUGUAAAAAUUGUGAUAAUUUCUCUAGUGCACCUCAUGAAGAUGAAAAGAUAUUCAACCAAUCAAAGCCGCAAAUUAUUGUUUCAUGGAGACCAGUCAUGCUUUUCUUAUUCUGGGCUUUUCUGUGGUCAAUAUAUGUAUUGGUUUUAUGUAGCAUAUCUGUCAAGCAGUAUGGUAGCCUAUGGGAAAUGUUUCAGAGAACAUAUGGAUUCAUUCUUACGGUGGAAGAUAUGUCACCAAAUAUAGGUGUUUUAUGGUACUUUUUUGCUGAAGUUUUUGACUUCUUCAGAAAUUUCUUUUUGAUAGUUUUCCAUACAAAUAUAUUAUUCAUGGUACUGCCAUUAGCCAUAAGGUUAUAUCAUCGGCCAUGCUUCUUGGCUUUUGUCUACAUUGCCAUCUCAUCGAUGCUUAAAUCAUAUCCAUCAGUUGGGGAUUCAGCUCUGUACAUGGGUUUGUUGGGAUUGUUUCUUGAUGAAUUAGCUGAUAUGCAGUUCUCUUUCUUCAUCUUCUGUGGUUAUGUUGGGGUUUCCCUCCUUAGCCCUGUGAUGCACAACUUAUGGAUUUGGAGGGGCACUGGCAAUGCAAACUUCUACUUUGCAACUGCAAUUGCUUACGCUUGUUUGCAGAUUAUAUUGGUGGUUGAGAGUGUAAGUGCUGUGCUUAACCAUGAUAGAAAGCUAACAAAGCUAGCACUCAAAAAACUCCAAGAACUUCAGAAUUGCAAUUCUUAGGUCAUAUUGAUACCAGUCAUUUGUUUAUUAUGAGGCGACAUCGCUUGCCCCUUACAAUGUUCCAAGUCCAAAGAAGUACGCUGGUAAGGAGCUUUUCUUGCUUCGUCCUGUUGCACGUAAUCUGAGGGGAGACUUGAUUUUAAUGAAUGGAAGUCUAUCACAAUGGCAUAAAUUAGAAGUUAGCUGAAUGGUUGUCCGAUAUAUCUCUCUGAGGGUUCUUCUUUUCCAAUUACAACCUUGUAGAAUAUUAUUCUGUACGCACUGUGUGCAUUUCUCAAUCCAGUUCAGCAUUUUUGACAUGUAGUUGUCUCGAAACGAGCUCACUUUAAUAUUGGCUUUAAAGCCUAAGUGCCGACAUGGUGCUUAUAUUUAUAAACAAAAAUUUGAUUUAUAUUC